AUGUCGCCGACUGCACUUCCUCAGUGCGUAAUCUCCCCCGAUGAAUACGCCCUAACCGAAGCUGGCGAGCGCAUGCGUCCGAUGCAGAUUCCCGAGGAUAUCUUUGAGGAGUUCAUCCGCAUCGCCGAGCCCAACACUCAGCAGAACCUCGAGACGUGCGGCGUGCUCUGCGGCAAGGUUGUCCCUGGACAAGAGACACUGGUAGUAACUACGCUCAUCAUUCCGAAGCAAAAGGCUACAUCUGACACAUGCACGACCGAGAACGAGGAGGAGUUGGUUGUGACGCAGAUGCAGCUGGAACUGUUGACACUGGGCUGGAUCCACACACACCCGUCGCAGACCUGCUUUAUGAGCUCUCUCGACUUGCAUACGCACUUUUCAUAUCAGCAGUUUAUGCCUGAGGCUAUUGCCAUUGUAUGCUCCCCGAAGUAUGACCCGCGCUACGGAGUCUUCCGGCUGACCGACCCGUCCGGCAUGGAUGUUAUCAAGAGCUGCAAGCAGGAGGCGGCGUUCCAUCCGCAUGAUGGCUCCGACAUAAUCUAUACCAAUGCUGAUCCUGAUGGACAUGUGGUCAAGGCGCGGUACAGUUUUGAGAUUAUCGACCUGCGCAAUGCGUAA